AUGUUGAUAGAAGAUCAGCGAUUUAUUCACGAAGAUCUAGAGAGACUUGAGCAGGGGAUUAGUGAUCGGGUAGCAGAUGAGCCGCGUAAUAUUAGAGACCGGUUAAACCGAGACCAUCAGAUUGCAGGCUUUCUUAAUCGUAUCCAGCAACAAUCGGAAAGGCUCCUGGAUAUUUACAGAGAUGCGGAAGGUCUGAGAGCAAAGGAGGUACAGGCCAUCUCAACCGGUGAACCCUUCGAUGAAUUCUACAAACGCUUAGACGAAAUAAAAGAUUUUCACCGUCGAUAUCCUAAUGAGCAUGUCGAGAAUCUCGAGCGAGCGUACAAGAGAAGGCACCCCGGUGAGAGUGAAGGAUUUGGAAUGGAAGUGGAAAAUAUGUUUACCGGAGAAGAAUCGUAUGGCCAGUUUUUCGACCUCACUAAACUCCAUGAGGACUACCUAAAUCUGCCGGGUGUGAAACGGCUCACAUACCUACAGUACCUUGAUCUAUUCGACGCGUUCACACAACCCCAGCUACCCAUCAAGCGAAACGGUAAGCUCACGGACAAGUAUUUCCAAUAUGUCGGUGAUCUUGCUGCGUACUUAGAGAGCUUUAUAAAACGAGUUAAGCCUUUGGAACCUCUUGAUAAGCUUUUUAAUGGUUAUGACGAAGAGUUUGAAAGGUUAUGGAAAGAAGGCAAGGUUCCUGGGUGGGAGGACGAAGCGACCACAACGGAAAGCUCCUCCGUCCCUAAAACUGAAGGAACAGGCGAAGGGAUUUGGUGUGCAGAUUGCGAGAGAGAAUUCAAGAACGAAAACGUAUACAAAAAUCAUCUCACAGGGAAGAAACACAUUCGCGCCGCAGAGACUCGUAAGUCCGCUAGGACUACCCCCAACGGCACCACACCGCGAACAGGCGGCGAGGCUGCAGUCCGUCGCUUGAAGGAGCGUGCGAUCGCAGAAAGAGAACACCGUGUUCGGUCGUUGGCCACAACCUUGAAGGAAGAGAGGAAAGCCACGCGCGUCAAUGUGGAGCGGAAGCAAGGAAUGACGGAGAGAGAGCGACAAAUGGAGCUCGAUGCUCUGUUUGCGGAGACCGCAGAGCCGCCUGGAAUCCGUCACGGAGAUUCUGAUUCCGACAGCGAUAAUGAGGAGAGGAUAUACAACCCACUUAAGCUGCCACUGGCUUGGGAUGGAAAACCGAUUCCCUACUGGCUCUACAAGCUGCACGGCUUGGGGGUGGAGCUGCCGUGUGAAAUUUGCGGGAACUUCGUCUAUAUGGGACGACGCGCUUUCGACAAGCACUUUUCAGAGGCGAGGCAUAUUUACGGGUUAAGGUGUCUUGGGAUCACACAACAAACUAGCUUGUUCCGAGAGAUCACCAAAAUCGAGGAAGCGCUGAGACUAUGGGAGAAACUUGAACAGGAUAGGAAGAAGGAGAAGGAGUCUCGAGAAAACGUGGUGCAGAUGGAAGAUGCUGAAGGCAAUGUGAUGCCGGAGCGAAUUUAUCUCGAGUACGUAUACCGCCUGCUCUUCUCUGUGUACUUGACAAUGUGCUAA